CGCACAACCUAGGGUCCCUGGGGUCUCCGCGGCGCGAGGUCUCCGCGCAGGCGCACUGCAGCGCGCCGAAGUUCCGGAAGCUGCCUGGGCGCUGAGGGCGCCAUGCGCUGGGGGUUGCGCUCUCGCGGGCCGGGGGCGGCAGCUGUGGCCGUGGCCCGCAGCCGCUGGGGGCCCCCCUGGUCCCCGCGUCUCCCUCCGGUGCGGGCAGCCUCGGGGGCUGGAGACCUGGCGGCCAGCCCGGACCGCGGCCGGUACCGAGACACCGUGCUGCUGCCGCGCACCGCCUUCCCCAUGCGGCUGCCGGGCCGCCGCCAGCCGGACACGGAGCUGGAGAUCCAGCAGAAAUGUGGGUUUUCAGAACUUUAUUCAUGGCAAAGAGAAAGAAAAGUAAAGACAGAAUUUUGUCUUCAUGAUGGACCUCCUUAUGCCAAUGGUGACCCUCACGUGGGACAUGCUUUAAAUAAGAUUUUGAAAGACAUUGCCAAUAGGUACCAUAUGAUGCGAGGGUCCAAAAUCCACUUUGUGCCUGGCUGGGAUUGCCAUGGGCUGCCCAUUGAGAUAAAAGUUUUAUCCGAACUUGGUGGAAAAGCUCAGAAUCUUUCAGUUAUGGAAAUUAGAGAGAAAGCUAGGUCAUUUGCUCAAGCGGCAAUUGAGAAACAGAAGUCAGCAUUUAUUCGCUGGGGAAUAAUGGCAGAUUGGAAUAAUUGCUACUACACAUUUGAUGGGAAGUAUGAGGCCAAACAGUUGAGACUCUUUUACCAGAUGUAUGAUAAGGGUUUGGUUUAUCGGUCCUACAAGCCUGUGUUUUGGUCUCCCUCGUCAAGGACAGCCUUGGCAGAAGCGGAGCUUGAGUAUAACCCUGAGCACGCCAGCCGCUCCGUGUACGUGACGUUCCCUCUCCGGACGCCUCCCCUGAAGCUGGCCUCGCUUCUCGAUGGCGCCGCACCCGUGAGCGUGCUGGUGUGGACCACGCAGCCGUGGACAGUGCCAGCCAACCAGGCCGUGUGCUAUUCGCCGCAGUCCAGGUAUGCUGUUGUGAAAUGUUCCACCUCAGGAGACCGCUACAUAGUGGCUGCAGAUAAAGUCACCUCUCUUGCUUCUACUUUGGACACAACAUUUGAGGUUAUAUCAACAUUUUCAGGUAUAGAUUUGGAAGGUGGUGCUUGUGGUCAUCCUUUGAUUCCAGAUAAAGUGUCGCCUCUCUUACCUGCAACUCACGUGACCGUGGCGCAGGGCACGGGGCUGGUGCACACGGCCCCAGCUCAUGGCAUGGAGGACUAUGGAGUGGCGGCUCAGCACAGUCUGCCCGUGGUACUGCUCUGCACUUGGCCUUCAUUGUUCAUCUUGCAGGACGAUUGUUCAGUGGACGAAGGUGGGAUUUUCACAGCUGCUGCAGGCCCUGAACUUGAGAGCAAGGCUGUCCUGGAGGAGGGGACUGACGAGGUAAUAAAGAUGCUUCAGAGUGUGAAGAGUCUGUUGAAAGAGGAGACACUGAUCCACAGCUAUCCCUACGACUGGAGGACUAAGCAGCCCGUCAUCAUUCGUGCCAGCAAGCAGUGGUUUGUGAAGAUCUCGGACAUCAAGCCCGCAGCCCAGGAGGCAUUGAAGACCGUGAAGUUCAUUCCUGCAACGGCUCUGAACACCAUGGCCGACAUGCUGGAGCGGCGGCCGUAUUGGUGCAUCUCGAGGCAGCGGGCCUGGGGGGUGCCUAUCCCCGUGUUCCACCACAGGGCCAGAGAUGAGUGCUUGAUCAGCAGCCAGACCGUGGAGCACAUUGCCAAGCUGGUGGAGCAGCAUGGCAGCGACGUCUGGUGGACGCUGCCCCCGGAACAGCUGCUCCCAAAGGAGGUCCUGUCCCAGCUCGGUGGUCCCGAUGGCUUGGAGUACCUGCCUGGCCAGGACAUCCUGGACAUCUGGUUCGACAGUGGAACCUCGUGGUCUUGUGUUCUUCCAGGUGCCGAGCAGAGAGCAGACCUGUACCUGGAAGGCAGGGACCAGCUGGGCGGCUGGUUCCAGUCGUCCCUGCUGACGAGCAUCGCAGCCAGGAAGAAGGCCCCGUUCAGGACAGUCAUGGUUCAUGGCUUUACCCUUGGAGAAAAGGGAGAGAAGAUGUCCAAGUCCCUCGGCAAUGUCCUGGACCCCGAUGUCAUCAUCAGUGGGGGACAAGAUCAGAUUGCGGAGCCUCCAUAUGGGGUGGAUGUCCUUCGCUGGUGGGUGGCCGCAUCCAACAUCUUCACGGAAGUGACCCUCGGGCCCUCUGCACUGAGCGCAGCCAGGGACGACAUCAACAAGCUUAGGAAUACACUCCGCUUUCUCUUGGGAAACGUGGCUGGCUUCACCCCGGAGACAGACUCCGUGCCUGUGGACAGCAUGUACCUCAUCGACCAGUACAUGCUGCACCUGCUGCAGGGCUUAGCGAGCAAGGUCACCGACGCCUACAAACAGUAUGAUUUUGGGAAAGUUGUCCGACUGUUACAGGCGUUUUACACUCGGGAGCUCUCCAACUUUUACUUCAGCAUCAUCAAGGAUCGCCUCUACUGCGAGAAGGAGGACGACCCCAAGCGCCGCUCCUGCCAGACGGCGCUGGCCCAGAUCCUGGAUGUGCUGGUUCGGGCCUUCGCGCCGAUCCUGCCGCACCUGGCCGAGGAAGUGUUCCAACACCUGCCCUAUGGCACAGAGCCCAAGAGUGUUUUCCGCACAGGCUGGAUCAGCACCAGCUCCAUCUGGAAGAAGCCUGGGCUGGAGGAGGCGGUGGAGAGCGCAUGUGCAAUGCGGGACUCGUUCCUCGGAAGCAUCCCGGGCAGAAAUGCUGCUGAGUACGAGGUCACCAUUGUGAUCGAGCCCGGCCUGCUCUUUGAGAUCAUCGAGAUGCUGCAGGCCGAGGAGACAUCCAGCGCCUCGCAGUUGAGCGAGCUCACGAUGGCCUCGCAGUGUACGCUGCUGGCCCAGGAGCCGCGGCAGAGGCCGGCGGACGUGACCGAGCUCGCGGGGACCUUCCUCAUCGACCUGGAAGGUGGCGACAUUCGGGAGGAGUGCUCGUACAAAGUGCUCGUCACACGGGCCACCAAGGAGAAGUGCCCGCGCUGCUGGAGGCACACGGCCGAGUUGGCGGGCGCACUCUGCCCGCGCUGUGCGGGGGUGGUGGGCGGGGCGUAGCGGCGGGGCCCGCCCCCCACCCCGGGCUAGGCUAGGGCCAGUCACAGGGUCACAGCACGGAAGGGACGGGGCGGAGCUGCACGCCUUCAGCACAGCCUGGGGAGGCCGAGGCGGGAGGACCGCAGGUCAGCACUAGUCGGCCGGCCGCAGAGACUGUCUCAAGAAGAGCCAAACGCGGUAGAAUAUGGAAGUGGCCGCCGGAAGCGCAUAAUUGUAAGUGCGCGCGCCCGUGCUUCAGGUGGGCCGAGCAGAGGCGGGUCUGUUUUGUGAGAACCCUUUGACUCGGUCUUCAGUGCUGCCUGCCGUGUAAUAAAGGCUUCUGAACGGCU